AUGGCCGAAAAGCUGCUGGUGUUCGGGCCGGCCGGAAACGUCGGCCGGCAGAUUCUCCCCCAUGUCGUCGGCAACCCCAAGUUCUCCGUGUGCCUGGCUUACCAUAAGAACAAGCCGCCGCAAUGCGACGAUCCCGGAGUGGAAUCAGUGCAGGUAUCACUGGAAGACCUGGACAGCGUGAAGAGGGCGCUCAGCUGGGCGCCGGACCGCAUCGUCUUCAUGGUCAACCUGGAGCCGGGGACGCUGCCCAUGGCCGAAAACUUCGUGGUCGCGUGCAAGGCCGUGUCGCCAAACGUCAAGCAGAUUGUGUACGUCUCCGAGAGCGACGUCGAUGAGUACUACCCCACCCACACGGCGUUCUUCGAGGAGCAGGUCGAUACGGUGCGGCACGUGCUGGAGUCCGGGCUGCCCGUGACGAGGAUGGAGCCGGCGGUCUUCAUGCAGAACCUCGCCAGCUGGAUGGGGAUGACGGCUGAGCUGGCCAAGGGCACUGGGGUGGUGUCCAUGGGGAUAGAGCCCACGACGCCCCUGUGGUGGAUCGACACUCGAGACAUAGGCGAGGCGGUGGCCAGGGUGCUCGAGAGGGACGCGGGCCGAGAGGUUGGGAAGCACUAUCGCAUGGUGGGGGACUACCGGAGCAUCGAGGAGAUCACAGAGAUGUUGACCGGCGUGCUGCGUGGAUGCGAAUCCGAACCGAAAGUGCCGUAUCCGCAGCGGCUGGUGUACGAGCAGGCGACCAGGGAGGAGCUGAGGAGGUCCCUGGUGGGCGUUGGGAUAGGAGUGGAUCUUGCCAAGGAUUUGGCGCUGAUAGUGUCGACCAUGCACGAUGGUCAUUUUCAUAUUUUUGACAUGGAAAGCAGCGAGGAUAUGGAGGAGCUGCUGGGACGCCCAACCAUUCGCCUCCAGCAAUACUUGACGGACAACCAAAGCUUGUGGGAAAGCGCCUGGGCUAGUGGCAAGGGCGGUGCUUGA